AUGCCACCAAAGCGCAAGUCCGAUGCCCAAGCCGAGACGGCCAAGGGAAAGAAGAACAAGCGUCAGGCUGUUGAAUCAGAGCCCGAGAGCGCUGGAGAGGAGAGCAGCAAUGCAAGCGGCGAAGAUGUAACCAAACGUAAUCCAUACGAGUAUUACUGCAUCAAUCGCCACUUCUUCGACGUCGAGAACGAGAAUGAGGACAAGGAUGAGGACGAUCAACUCGACGAGGAGGAGCUGGAAGAACACUACGAUGAAAUGCUCAAGGACAGCAAUGUUGCCUUGAAGCCGGUGGCAGAAUUUCCGGAUCACAAGUGGAUUGUCCUAUGGGAAACCUGGACCUUGAUCUGCGAAUAUCGUCGCCUGGCUACAUAUACCAAUCCGGACAUGUUCGGCAUGCAUAUUUACAAUGACUUUAAUGGCUACGGUAUCCAAGAGCUCGUGGAGAACUUGCUGACAUCUCUUGACACGGAGUUCAAGAAGAAGGACAAGGACGAACAGUCUUGGAAGAAAAUGUGGGCAACAUCUGCCGGCAUGGCUCACUGGCUUGUUGUAGAGCAAUUGGCUCCCUGGAUGAUGUUGGAAGAUGGCGAGCGUCUUACACAAACCAUUGGGCUGAUUGGUCGAUCCUUUCUGACUACACUCAGUGAGCUUGACCGGGUCCAGCAACUUGGAAAUGACACCUUCAUCAAAGACCUCGGUCUCGUCAUGUCCAUAUACCUCUCCUGGGCCGACGGCCUCGAUGACUGUGGCGUUGAGGAAGAUAAUCUUGACUGGCGCAAGGAGAUUGUUGCGUAUGCAAAGCAGGCAAAUAUCGACCUUGUCGCCGCCGGCUGCUACGGCAUCAAGAGCAAAUUGGAGGCCCUCGAGGAUGAACACGGCACCAUCGAGCCCCUUGCCCGUUCCAAGAAGGCUGAUCGAUGGGACUGGAAGAAGACUUUCACAGCCUACGCCAAGAGUCAUGGCUCUCGUGGCAAAAUUGGUGGGGACAAAUUCAACAUUUUGAAGUUCUCGCGCAAACAACGCGCUAUGCAUGCUUUUGACAAGAAGGAUCCGCUGGCCCAGUUUCCAGAAAAAGAUCUCAGAGAGGGCAACAUUAUGUUGGCCUGA